AUGGAGAAUGGCCUGCUUCGGACGUGCUCCCGUGGCGCGGACCUUCCCGUGCCCAUGCAAAGUAACAUUGCCAGUCCGUACACUGCUCGUUGCGGUCCGGUCCCCCACCGCAGCUUUUCGAGCGCAGGCAGGAAUAUCGUCCUCUGGACGGUGGAUACGCCAAAUCGUAAUCGUCCCAAGUCUCAGGGUGCGAGUGACCUGACGAUGCUCUAUCUGUGA